AUGACCUUCACAAAUCCACCCUCUCUUCCAACACCCCUUACACCUUCCAUGCCAUUGUCCGGUCCACUUCCAGAACAGAUUGAGUCCUUACCCAUCACCCCUCCGGAGAUACCGGAGAACUUUGACGAAAAAUCCUUCAAGCCGGACAGCAGAACGAUCAAAAAGGCUCUACACGUGCUGGCCACUGAGAGAUUGGCUCUGUCUCAUCUGGAAGAUCUCUACACAAAUUCUCUUCAGAUUCAGGAAUCGCUUCUUAGCGCCAUUACUCAGAUUAUCCAUUCUGAGACCCGACAUGGGAAGACCAUUUUCACCGGCGUGGGCAAGUCGGGUCAUAUUGCCAAAAAGCUUGUUGCAACCUUUGUUUCCUUGGGCAUUCAUGCGGUAUUCCUGCAUCCGAUCGAGGCCUUGCACGGCGACCUCGGCGUCGUUCGACCAAAUGACACAGUUAUCAUGAUCACCUUCUCUGGGAGAACCCCUGAGCUUUUGUCGCUUCUCCCCCACAUUCCGUCAAGCAUUCCCCUGAUCAUUAUGACUGCGCAUCUGAAUCCUAGCACGUGUCCACUUCUGUCGCAUCCGACGAGGUCUAGUUCGAACAAUAUUCUCCUUCCAACCACAAUCCACGAGUCCGAGAUCUCGUCAUUCGGCGUCUCAGCGCCAACCACUUCAACCACAAUUACGCUAGCUUUGGGCGACAGCUUAGCUCUUGCGGUGGCUGAUGAGAUGCACUCUGCCGCGGGUCUCCAGACUCCGGCUAUUUUUGCAGCAAAUCAUCCGGGUGGUGCCAUCGGUGCGGCUUUGAAACCACCCCCACAGACGCCGCCCCCGACGGUAUCGCGCAUGUCCGACCUCGCUACCAAUGUGACCCAAGUACCCAUUGCCGGGGGACGGCCUGGAAAUCCCCUUUUGUGUUUCGAUAUUCUCGUCACCGCCGUGCGGUCGCCUGGCGGUUUUGUUCGAACAUCCCCCAAUCAUAUCAUCGGUCCUCGACGGAUCCAGAAGUUGCAGAAUCCCGAACUGCCAAUCUCGGAACUGGAGGAUGAGAUCGGUAAAGUUAUCAUUGAGAAGACGGACUGGAUAUCUGUUCUCGGUACCAACACCGUCGAAGAAUGUAAAAGAUGGAUUCACCGGAUGCGCGAAGAAGGUACAGGCCGGGGAAAAGAAUUUCUUCGGCGAGGCACUCUGCUUGGAAUUGUUGACCAUAAUGAGGUCACUGGGGUGGUGGAGAUAGAGGAUUUGAUGGGUGAGGAUUUUGUUUGA